GGUUAAAGUUUUUAACUUGGAAUAAUUUUAAGUUCAGGCGCUCGUGUAAGUGAAGUCCGUUCAUUUAAAAUUAGCGCUAAACGGAAGGACCAAUGAGAGGACUGUCGCACUAGGACUACCAUAGCCAAUCAUCAGCCACUUCAAGACGUCAUCGCCAGUGUUUUUGUUUUCACGAAGUAUCAUAAAAUUGUGACCAUGGCUGAAGCUAAAUCUGAAGUUAAAGCUGAAGAUCAACAAAAUUUUGCCAUCCAAAAUAUCUUACAGCAAAUGCAAGAUAAGUUUCAAACCACCUCAGACCAAAUUAUGACAAGAAUAGAUGACAUGGCAAAUCGAAUUGAUGACCUAGAAAAAAAUAUUGCUGAUCUGAUGUCUCAAGCCGGAGUUGAAGGAGGAGAUAAAUGAUAUACUAUGCCCAUGCGGUCAUUAUCCUACCAGUAAAGUCUAAAGCUCGAGAAUGGCCGUAAUCAUCGUCUGUACUUCACUGCACCCAACUAGUCAAGUUUAAACUUUGUUCUCUCUUCGUAUCUUUUUAGUGUUUUGAUUUUAAAGAGUUUGGCUAUUUUUGAGAGCUCAAAUUAGUUAACAUUAUGCCAAUAAAUCAGUGACAAUGACAAAAGGUCAUGGUAAGUUGCCCAAAAUUUGAUAUUUUGACUCUUAUUUUUAUUGGAAAAUUUUUUCCAGGGCAGCUGUAAACCUAAUUCUUAUCAUUGGUAUAAGCCAGAAUGCCUAAAUUAAGUCCAAGAAUUGUAUAAUUUUCAGUUUUGAGUCAAAAAGUCAUAGUAUUAUUCUAUUGUACUGAGAGAAAACACUAUGGGAGCCUUCAGACACUGCCAAAUUCACCUCCAUUAAACAUAAAUUUUUCAGGAAACUCUUGAAUAUUUUUCUUCCGAUCGUUCCGAGAAUUAUUUGAAAUUCAAUUCAAAAUGGAUACAUAUAAACUUGGAUAAAAAUAUUCAUAACUUUUUUCAAAAAGAGGCUUUCUUCAGGGGAAAUUUGGGAAUGUCUGAGUGCUCAUACAGCGUUCUCCCUUAGCGUGGCAGCAUAGUAUUUCUUUGAUUGCAAAGAUUAAGCUAGAGAUCAUUGAUUCAAACCAAUAACAAAAACAUUCCAAUUAUCUUCUUUAGGAAGGGCACGCAGCCAAACUGCAAAACAAUUAAAGUUAUUUAGGUCAUAACUAGCACAUUCUUUCUUCUUGUCAUAUAAAUUGUAUGGUCCAAGUGCCUCAAUCAGAACUAGCGUGAAACCUAUGAUGCCUCAAUCAAUUCAAAUGGAAGAAAAAAGGCACUAAUCACAAUUUAAAUCAUAAAUUGUAUUUAAGGAAGAAUUCGCAACUCAAAAAUCUACUUUAUUUAUCAUAAUGUUCUCCCCACUAGGAUACGAAAGUUCAGUGCAGAAAUAUGGUCUUAGACAUGUAAGAUCGUCAGAAAGGAGAAGUUUCAUUUUUCCAUCAUUAUUCAUUUAUUUUUUUCUAACACCGUGUCAAUCAGUUGGCAGUUUUUUUUUGUUAUGUCUUUAAAAUAAAACACGUCUUACAAGAUGAACUUUGAUAUUAUGUCCAUAAUUAAACUUAUUAUUGAAGCAGUGAGUUAGAAAUAUUUGCAAUUGCAUCCUGUAACCAAAGAGUUUCAGGAUCCUCAGUUGUGUUGUAAGUAUUUCUGAAAUAAAAAUUUACUAUUUUUAUGUUCAAGCUCACACCCUGAGUUCAAAAUUGGAGAAAUUCAUUAUCAUGAGAGUUCUCAAUGGGGGUAUGCUCAGUAGUUGUAUCUAAGUUCUUCAAUGGGGAUUUCUGAAUGAUUCUGAAUCAUUCACUCUCCCUCUCGUUUUCAAGCCUGAGCUAAUUUCUAUGAACUCAAUGUCAGUGGGACUUAUUCUGUUGCAAUAGCCAGAAUCAGGCACUUUGUAAAUAUAUUCUCUCUCUAUAAUCAUGAUGUUAGUCCUUUAAGUUUAUAACUUGAAGAGUGGGAAGGCAAGUUUUAUUUCAAACUGUUCUCUUUUCAAAUUUCCAUACUAAGGAAUAUCUUAUUUUAAUUUUCUAGUACCUCAUAUUUCCAUUUUUAGCUUUACUUAUAUUAUGUACAUACCUCCAAGGAAUCGUCUAAGAUUUGGUGUUGUGUAUGACCUACAAUUUGUGUCAAAAGAUAGCAAUAUUCGUGUCUCAUUUUUCCUACACAUAAUCCACCUCUUAUUUAAGAAAAUUUCUCAACUGUUAAGUUUGUUUUUAAAAAUUACUUCUCUUUCCUUUGAUCAUCGCCAGAGAAAGUGAAAUGGAAUAAUUAGGACACAAAAUUUGAUUUUAACGUUUAAGUAGUGCACAGAUAUUACAACUUAGGCCCAUGAUGGGAUACUUGCCAACUUUCUUAAAAAAUGACUCUAAAUUCUUGAAAGUCCAUUUUUCUCAAUGAAUUUAACUUCUACAUCUGCUUAGAAUAUGUAUAUAUUCUGUGAAAAUUUGUUAGAUUGAAUCACAGAUGAAAUUUUGAUAAUCAAUAGUAUAGUGCAUAAGAAUCACUUAGAGACAUAAAGAAGCUUAAAAGGAGAGGCGCUUAUCUUUAUAAAAGCUGUAGAAGCGGAACACCUUGCUGGCUGCAUUCUUAAUAGUAUUUUAUUCUAAUCUACCUCUUCUUUACUCUGAAUAUGUUUUCCCCUUAAUUGUCUAAGAAUAUUAAAAAAUUGUAUGAAUUUUGUACCUAGUCUUCAUCAAGUAUAUUCUUGCUUUUCAAAGUUUUAAGUUGACAAGAAUUAUAAUCUUUUUUCAAUUUAUUUCAAAUCGAUCACAGCGAUCCUGUACAUUUUAAAACUCUAAGUCGCUUUCAAUUCUAGCUUUUUCAAUUUUUUUAAUUAGCAGUGUAUGUAUUUCCUUUUCAGCAUGCCAGUUAGAAUAUUAGUAGAAAUGGCUUGCAUUUCCAUAUGGCUACAAUUUAUUAUGAAUUAGUAGCACAGAAUCACUCUUUCAUGUAGGCUGAUUUUUAAAUAUUUUUGAAUUGAUCAUUACAAUUUUCAUCUUUACGAAUAAAUAAUUUUUACGUUCCUAAAA